AUGGAUGAAAAUGGAAUUAAUAAUGCAUAUUGGAAAAUGAUUCUUGAAUUAGCACAAUCGGUAGUUGGAGAAAAUAAUUCAAAUCAUUCGAUGAAGGAAGUUAAGCAGUUGGAUUCUAAGGAUAAACAAUUCAUUGAGAAAGCAAUGCAAGAGACAGUCAGAAAAGUGGAUUCCAAUAUGAUAAUUGCUUCUUGUUUACGUGAUCUUCGUUCGUUAAUGAAUCCCUCUGACAAUGAUCUCGAUUUUGUUACUAACAUUGUCAAUACUUUGGAAGAUGUCAUAUGUCAAAUUGAUUUCGCAUAUAAUUUCUGUCGAAUGGGUGGGAUUGAAGAAAUAAUGAGGUUCAUGUCGUUACCUUUACUUUCCGUUAAAGAAAGUAUUAUGCGUUUAAUUCCUACAAUUGCCCAAUAUAAUCCGCAAGCACAAGAUUACAUUAAUGGAAGCAAUUUACUUUUCACUUUGGUUGAAAAUUUAUUAGUUGCGGAUCAAGCAUCGGCUAUUAAAUAUCAAUGUUUAAGUGGUAUAUCAGCUAUUGUUCGCAAUCAUCAUCAGUCUUUCGAAUAUCACUUGCUUGUCGGAGGUCCAUCUUCCCACUUCUGGUAUCGAGUGAUUACUAAACCUGGAUUUGAACAGGCGAAAAAUAACGAUAAUGCGCCAUCUGUUGGCCUGGACAAAGCUAAUACGUUCGUCGAACCAUGCGUUUACAAUUGCGAACCGCCAACCGAAGAAGAAAUCUCCAUUGUCCAUAAGCUUAAGAAAUUCAUAAACAUGAAUGGUUUAAAUAUUGUUUUAAACUGUUAUCAGCAGGCUUUGGAAAAACAUGAUGAGCGAGUAGCAAACAAAGCAGCUGUUAUUAUUGUUGGUAUUGGUUUCGAUAUCGGUUUUCAAGAAGCGAGUAAACAUGGAUUUACUGAUGCUAUCUUUGAAAUAUUUUGUACGAUUCCUCCAAGUUUUGAUGCUUGCUCUUAUGUGAGAGGCUAUCUAAAUUAUCCUGAAUUGCAAAAUAUGAAGCUCACUUCUGAAAUGAUUAAAGCUAUGCAAGAUGCUCUCCAGAGUCAUCUGGAUUACGAAACGACUCUUGCUGAAAAAGAUGAAAAUACGAUCAAUGAACUUAGAGCAACUCUGAAGUCUUUUAAUGAAGUUAAAUUGUGA